AUGUAUAAUUCCGACAAACACAUUGAGUUCAAUCCCCCGUUUGAACAAGAAUCUCAAUACACACUCAUUAUUUUUUCAAACGUUAGAUUUGGUGAAGGUAGUUCCGCUCUGUUCUCACCGAUGUUUAAUUUUAUUCAGGUUUUCGGCAGAAUCAGUGAACCUUCUUUGAUCGGGAGCGUGAUUCCUUCCUCGAAGGAGCGCCUGGGUUCCAAUUCGAGCGUUAAAAAAUUAAAGUGGAAGUCGCUGUUCGAAAACGAAGCUGAGAAGCUGAGCCUUGACAGAUUCAGCGAGAGACUGAAUAGGUGUGUUUUCAGCUGGCCUCUGGACUACAUGACCAACCGGACCGCCCCGUUCCUCAUUCCGCUCAAGUUCAGGAAUAGAUUUAAAAUAAAGUGUAAAUGUUUCCCAAUCAAUAUUGGAGUGUACAAUGAACUCAAGGCAAAAGUGGCCGAAAAAUUAAACGUUGAAAACGCAAACAUUAGCAUUUCACAGCUGAACCAAUUCAUUAAGUCUGAGCCCAUAGAUAAGGAGUCAAUAGAAUCGACGUUUAAGGCACUAAGUGGCGAGGAGAACCUGCUCACGCUGGAGCACAUCAUGGCCUAUAUUCACUACCGGUCGCCGCUGGUAGAGAUGAUUAACUGGAACUGCUUCAUAUCGUCGCUCCCAGUGGGCCCGGACGACUCUUGGAGCCAGGUUUAA